AUGUCUGUGUCUCUGUGGUGUGAGGAGGUGGAGGAUGACCAGAGUCAGGACAAGGGUCAGGACCAGAGCCCGACUGAGGCCCAGCUGCGAGCCGCCUGGGACCCCAGCGUGUCCGGGCACCGUGUGAUCCAGAGGCUGCUCCAUGUGGAGGAGAGGUACAUGCCCUCCAUGCUCUACAUCACCCUUAUCCAGCGGGAGCCAGAGCGCAGGGAGGAGCUCGCCAAAUGGGCCCUGGAGGUGUGCUGUGAGUGUGGCUGUGAUGAGGCUGUGUUCCCCCUGUCUGUCUCUCUGAUGGACAGGUUCCUGUCUGCCUCUUUGUCUAUACCUGUCUCACCGUACUGCCUGGCUGCUGGAUGCAUCCUCAUCGCCUCCAAACUCACAGAGUGUGACAACGUCACGGCUGACAUGCUCUGUGCUGCAGCUGAAUACAGCUUCCAGCCGUCCAACCUGCGGGAGAUGGAGCGUGUCAUCCUCGCCACCCUCCGGUGGGACACAGCAGCAGUGACUCCGCAGGACUUCCUCCCACAUUUUCUUGCCUCCAUGGGGGAGAGAGGAGAUGGACACAGCGGUGACUCUGAGGAGGGGCUGCUCUCCACCCUGCGGCGGCACAGCGACACGCUGGCGGCCAUGUGUGCGUGUGACUCCCGCUUUCUGGGAGCAACACCGUCACUUGUUGCUGCAGCAUCACUAAACUGUGCUCUGAGGGGUCUGGGCACCAGGGGGCCCAUUCAGCUGGCUGUGAUGAGUGAAGCACUGGCGAAGCUCUGCCAGACUGACCUGGUGAUGCUGGAGUGCUACAGUGACAUGAUCGAAUAUGCCCUCCAACAGCGGCUGAGGAGUGGGCUCCAGCAGGGCCCCAUGGAGAAGGAUGAAGAGGUGGAGACCGAAAGGCCCGGGACACCUACUGACAUGAGAGAGAUUGAUUUCUAA